UUUCAUCUGACUUUAAAUUUUGUAUAAAAUAAAGUCUGACUUCAAAAGUAGAGCAUUCUAUUCGUUUUACUUCAAACUAACAGAACACAUCACCAUCAUCAUGAAAUUCCUUAUUUGCUUGUUCGCCGUUUUGGCUGUCGCUAACGCUGGAUACCUUGCCGGUAACAACUUGUAUGGUAGCGGUCUCUACAGCUCUGGAAGCUACAUCUCCAACCCUGUGCAAUACGUUCACUCUGCUCCAGCUGUCCAAGUUGUCCGUGCUGCUGCUCCAGUCUACCACUCAGCUCCACUUUACCACUCAGCUCCACUUUACCACUCUGCUCCAAUUGUGUCUGCUCCAGUCUACCGUUCAUCUCCAAUCAUUUCAUCAUACUCUGCUCCAUUGGCCGCUUCCAUUCCAGUUGGUCACUCAUACGGCUCAUACGGACACUCUUACGGUACAACCUACGGUGGAUUCUUGAAACGUCAAUAAAAAGUUGCGAUUUGAUUAAAAGUUAAAAAAAAUUGUUCUGAUUUAAAAUAUGCUCAGACUUUGGGAA